UUGGAGAAUUUGGUUCCUGGUUCAGUGGAGGGAAGAGGUCCUUUGAAUGAGCCAGUGGGUGUUGAAAGGUUUCUGGUGGCUUUAGAUGAAUUGGGAUUGUCUGGAUUUGAAUUGUCAGACCUGGAGCAGGGAUCCAUGAUGCCUGUGUUGCAGUGCCUUGAGACCCUGAAAACUCAUUUUGCUUAUAAUGCUGCCCGAGAAAAUAUCCAAAGUUGUUCUAGAAAGAGGUGGGACCGGUCUGAACAAACAUCCUUAGAUGACACAGAUAGUUGCUUCAAGGAUGCUUCCAAAUUGCAACAAGCUGUGGAUGGUUCUGUUGUAUCAGAUGGAAUCGGUUCCAUAUAUCAUAUUGGAAUAAAGUCUAACGAACUAUUCCAGUUGAAGCAAGGAUUGCAUGUGGAUCUUUCAGAUGCCAAACUUAAUGAUGUGUUAAAAUCAAACAGUUUGGAUAGUGUCUCGACUCAAUUGCUUUUUAAUAUAGGAAAUAGGAUCCUCAGUGAUAUCUUUGAAAGGAAGAAUGGAGACGUACCUCAGCGUGCAGCAUUCCUGUUGAGAAAAAUUCUGCAAGUAAUUGAGAUGCGUUUUUCAAAUCAAGCAGAAAGCAUAAAAAAUCAAAACAAUCUUUUCAAGGCUCGUGAGGGAAAGUACCAAACAAGAAUAAAUGCACUUGAAACCCUGGCGAUAGGGACAACUGAAGAGAAUGAGAUUGUUACAAGUUGGGUUCAGCAGUUGAAGUUUGCUUUGCAGCAUGAACAAGCAAAAUUUGAGGAGAAGAAGAAACUUGAAGAACAGGAUUUUUCUCGAUUAAAGAAAGAAAAAGUUCGUAGUGAAAUUGAAAUUUCUGAAUUGAAGCAAGAUUUGGAAAUAGCCAAAAGAACAUAUGAAGAACAUGUUUCACAAUUAGAAUUGCAAGCUACUGAAUCUAAAGCUGAAUAUGAGAAAAGGAUAGAGGAACUUAAGCGUCAUCUUGCAGAUGCAAGGAAGCAAGUGAAAGAACUGGAGGCAUUUUCAGAAUCCAGAUAUUUGAAUUGGAAGAAUAAAGAGCAUACCUAUCAAACUUACGUUAAUUACCAGUUUGGAGCUUUCCAGGAACUGAGAGCUUCCAUGAAGUCUAUAAAAAAUGACGUGAUAAAAACAAAAAGAAGCUACUUAGAGGAGUUCAAGUACUUUGGAAUCAAGCUCAAAGGUCUAGCUGAGGCUGCUGAAAAUUAUCAUUUAGUUUUAGCAGAAAAUAGGAAAUUGUACAAUGAAGUUCAAGAUUUGAAAGGUAAUAUAAGGGUAUAUUGUCGAAUUAGACCAUUUCUUCCGGGGCAAAGUCAAAAUCAUACAACAAUUGAGUUUGUUGGUGAAGAUGGAGAACUAAUUGUUAGCAAUCCUCUUAAACAAGGAAAAGAGAGUCGCAAGCUUUUUAAAUUUAAUAAGGUUUUUGGUCAAGCAGUAAGUCAAGAGGAAGUAUUUAAGGACACUCAACCAUUAAUUCGUUCUGUUCUUGAUGGGUACAAUGUUUGUAUAUUUGCUUAUGGUCAAACGGGCUCAGGAAAGACCUAUACAAUGAGUGGACCUGGCCUAUCAUCAAAAUCAGAUUGGGGAGUCAACUAUCGGGCUCUUCAUGAUCUUUUCCAUAUCUCCCAGAGUAGGAGAAGCUCUAUUGUUUAUGAAGUUGGAGUUCAAAUGGUUGAAAUUUAUAAUGAACAAGUUCGUGAUUUACUAUCAAGCAAUGAAAAAUAUACCAGGUAUUGUUUCCUUGAUUUGCACACACUUGGGAUUUGGAAUACUGCCCAACCAAAUGGGUUGGCUGUUCCUGAUGCCAGUAUGCAUUCUGUGAAUUCAAUGACUGAUGUUCUUGAGUUGAUGACUGUUGGGUUGACAAAUAGGGCAACCAGUGCCACAGCCUUGAAUGAAAGAAGUAGUAGAUCACACAGUGUUCUCUCUGUUCAUGUUCGAGGAACGGAUUUGAAGACCAACACGUUGUUGCGUGGAUGUUUGCAUCUUGUAGAUCUUGCAGGAAGUGAAAGAGUGGACCGUUCUGAAGCAACUGGAGAUAGGCUUAAGGAGGCUCAACAUAUAAACAAAUCACUAUCUGCACUUGGAGAUGUGAUAUUUGCUCUAGCACAAAAGAGUUCACAUGUGCCAUAUAGAAAUAGUAAAUUGACUCAACUUCUGCAGAGUUCGUUAGGUGGUCAAGCAAAAACCCUUAUGUUUGUACAGCUUAAUCCUGAUGUUGCUUCAUAUUCUGAAACUAUAAGCACCUUGAAGUUUGCUGAAAGGGUUUCUGGUGUCGAGUUAGGUGCUGCUCGUAGCAACAAAGAGGGAAGGGAUGUUAGAGAACUUAUGGAGCAGAUGGCAUCUCUCAAGGAUGCAAUUGCAAGGAAGGAUGAAGAGAUUGAGCAGUUACAGUUGCUCAAGGCUAAUCAUAAUAGUCCAAAGCUUGGUAUGAUCUCACUAAGACAUGGAUCGUCAUCUCCAAGGAGACAUUCCAUAGGGACUCCCCGACAUCGCAUGAGACUUUCAGGAACAAGGAGCUUUGGAGUCAAUGAAAAAGAAGCUUCUGACAUGGAUAACUGCUCGGAGUACAGUGAUAAGCAUUCAGAAGCUGGUUCUCAUCAAUCAAUGGAUGAUUUUAGGAACAAGUCCAGCUCCCUGAGGUUGAAGUUACCUAGAGAAGAUAUCAAUCAAAAUUUAAAUGAGGACAUUGACCUCUUAAGAUUUGGAGACGCAAAUUCGGAGGAGAGAUUAAGUGACAUAUCUGAUGGUGGGCUUUCAAUGGGAACUGAAACUGAUGGUUCAAUCAGCAGUAUUGUGGAGUACACUCUUUUCCCUGAACUUGAGAAGGCAGCUGAAAUCACACCAGCUAAGGAUGGCACAAUCGACAACUUUCCAGCUGAGAGCACGGAAAAGCCCAUUAUGCCAUCCAAAAUUCCUAAAGCUUGUCAAGUCCUGCCAAGAGUGCAGACAAGGCCUUCUAGGCUAUCAUUGAACAAAAGCUCCUCGAAGGUUUUGUCAAGUAUUAAAAAACCCACGGCCAGUAGCUCUUCUUCGGCGAAGCCCCUUAAACGAUGGCAAUAGAUAGGAUGCCCUCAGAUGCUGUAGAGUGCUUUUAGUGAUAGCCGAUAGGAAGUUUUUAUUUAUGUAGGUGCGCAGUCUAAUUAUACUGUACUCAAGGCUUAAGUUUCAGCUUCAAUCUGUCAUUGAAUGAAGCGAUUUGCAAACUCUAGCUUGUAACUAGUUUGUAUGUAAGCAUCGUGGCCUUUU